AUGGACUCUGUUGCACAGGACGACGACAGGGAACACGCUUCUUUUUUGUUGCUGAGCUAUUCCUGGGAGACGUCUCAACUCCAUUUCAAGCCCGUGCCCAAGCUUCAACACCUUGCUCUCCCUCAUUCUCUUUCUCUAUCUCUCUCUCUUUUACUCUCUCUUUAUCCCUCGCGCUCUCCAUCUUUUUUUCCAUACCCCCCUCUUCAGCGCAUCUUGCCUCGCGUAGGCGUCGCGUUUUGGGAUAGAAACAAGCGUGUCCCUCGAACGUUUAAGUGGUUGCAUAUCUUAACCACGGGACCAGCGAUAGACAAAAAGGGAAGGCGGGGUCUGCCUGAAUACAAACACAAGAAGCUGCGCGGACACCAUGACAUGUCGGCACCAUCCGAUUCGACAACGACGCCAGCAAGACGCGGCCAGAAGUCGACGGCAACACCUCUUUUGGUCUUUCUUGUUUACUGCCCCUUCCCUUUUCCGAAACACACUCUCGCUCUUCUGGGAGAAGAAAAAGCAUCGGGUAUCCAUCCAUCCAGACACACACACACACUCCUUGCUUUGUUUUCGCCCAGAGUCUCUCUUUUGAGACGUGGGCCCCCAGAUGACCAACCGAUUUGGCCCCAAUCAGACAUACUCAUUAUCUUAUCACCCCGCAUCACCGGUCCACUCACUGAGUCUCGUCGCCAAAUCAACCAUGCCCAAACAGUCCCCUGCGCAUGUUCCCCAUCAACCCCCCUCCCUUUGAGUGACUCGAUCAUGACUAUGAACAUACCGCCUGUUGGAAAUUCAUGGGUAUGGCAUAACUAUGUCUCCUCCUACAUUAUGCAGGCGAUCAAGGUGCAUAAGCACGUCAGCCCCCCCCAAGCCCGUCGAACCGCAUCAUUUCCAUGCUUAUCACCACUUGACCACACACUUAGAGGGCACUUUUAUACUGACCGAUCAGCACACGCCGUCGCACAUGAAUCCAAUGAAUGA